AUGGGGGCUGACGAAGACUUCCCCGAAGAGCUAGCGCUGCCGGGAGCUGCGGGCAAGCCCCCAGGUGUAGGUUGUCACCAGUAUACGAACAAGAGCUGUGAGGAGUGUCUGAAAAAUGUCACCUGCCUGUGGUGUGCCAGCAGUGGGAGGUGUGUGGAGUACCCCGUCCGGAGAAUCCUCCCCCCGGCUGACCUCUGUGAGCUCCGCUCUGCACGCUGGGGAGUCUGCUGGGUGAACUUUGAAGCCCUGAUCAUUGCGAUGUCUGUGGUGGGAGGAACGAUCCUUAUCAUGUUGGGGGUCUGCUGCUGCUGCUGCUGUUGUAAGAAAAAGAGCAAAAAGCCAGACAAGGAUGACGAGAGAGCGGCCAGGGAGCGGGAGAAGAGGCGGGUGCGUCAGGAGGAGAGGAGAGCAGAGAUGAAAUCGCGGCAUGAUGAAAUCCGAAGAAAAUACGGCCUGUUCAAGGAAGAGAACCCUUAUGCAAAAUUCGAGAAUUAG